AUUUAUCCAGCUGGAGCACCUGGAAAAAUAUAGAAAACUGCAGACCACUUUGAAGCUGCCAGACUUUGCCACAAGAUUAGCCAUGAAAUUUCACCUCUUACUCUUCCUGGUGGUGCUAAAUGGUGGCAUCUCAACAUAUCGACCCAUGAUAUUGUCACCCUGCGAAAUGAGAAACUUGGAGGCAUUUUGUCAGAGCAUGGAGCUUCACCAAGUCCCUGCAGAGCUUCAUCCAGAUGUGUAUAAAAUUGACAUCUCUGGAAAUAAGAUUCAAAAUGUCACCGAGAGGCCCCUGGCCUUUUACACUUCCCUCCAACAUUUAAACUUAAGUUCCAACCUUAUUGGUUUUGUCACACCUGGGAUCUUCGCAGAGAUGAAGAACUUGCAGGACGUCGAUUUGGCCAACAACCAGCUCUACCUGUUGGCUCAGGAAGAUCUGUGGAUCGGAUUACUACCCCAGGUCAGGACGCUAGAUUUAUCUCGCAACAGUCUCUACAAUGGGAUGGCAGAACAUUUUCUUCACCGUGCGCCCACGCUGCAGUACCUUUCUUUGGCAGAGAACAGCAUUACACACAUUUCACAAAGUAUAUUUCAGGGGUCUCCAGAGCUGGUUGAAGUCAACCUGCACAACAAUAUGGUUAUGGAGAUAGAAGAAGGGGCCUUCGAGAGCCUGUUGCACCUCUCCAAACUGAAUCUUUCCAUGAACUCGCUCACUUGCAUCACUGAGUUCAACCUCAAGCAGUUGGAAGUCCUUGAUCUCAGCCGGAACAGCAUUGAGUCCUUCCAUUCCACCAGAUCACAGGAAGAAUUCAACUUGAUCUGGCUUGACCUGAGUGAGAACAAGCUCCUUCGGUUCCCAGUUCUUCCGCAAGUAAAUAAGCUGGCUUAUUUGAACCUAACCAGAAACAUAAUGCAAUUUGUUAUGGUGGGAUUGCCUAGCGAUGUGGAAUAUCAGUGGCAGGAUCGGCCUCAGGAUCACUUGGGCCAGGAUCAAAAGACCAAUUCACCUUCUCCAUACUUGCCUGCCCUGUUAUCCUUGGACCUGAGUUACAAUGAGAUCCAGUCCAUCCCAAGCAAGUUCUUUACAUCCAUGUUUACCCUUCAGUUCCUUAAUUUAAGCAAAAAUUGCCUGCAGACUUUUGUGGCAAGCAGCGAGCUGGCCUCGCUGUCUAUCCUGGACAUCAGUUGCAACUCUUUGGAGAACCUUCAAUUGGACACCGACACCCUGGGCGUCCUACAGGAGUUCCACCUUCAGGACAACCAUCUUCAGGAGCUACCCUCAGAUAUCUUUCAGGGCCUCCCACAUCUCCAGUGGCUUAAUCUCAGGAACAACAGGCUCAGCCUAUGUGACUUGAAUUCGGGCCUAAGAAGACAACGCUUUUCAUCCAAGGACCCCCAUGGCUGUAUCUCAUUUGUGCAACUUCCUGAACUUCAAUAUUUGUAUCUUUCUGCCAAUCGUUUGAAGAACCUACCAAUGUAUGGCUUCUUUGGAACUAAGCUCAAGGUACUGGAUGUCUCCAUGAACUGGGGACUUCAGAUAGAAGCCAAAUCAUUGGCCGGCUUGGAAUUCUCGCUGGAAUAUUUGGAUUUACAUGGAAAUGGCCUGACUACUCUGAAUGUGGACUUUCCUCUUUUCCCUCACCUCAGAUAUCUCAACCUAUCAGACAAUCGGCUUAGCUGGUUGCCCGCCUGGUCAGAGGACUGCUGUGUUCUUGAAGUCUUAGAUCUGCAAAAUAACAGCUUCAACAGCCUGAAAAAUAGCCAGAUCCCAGCCCUGGAAAAAAACCUACGGAAUCUGUACCUGGUGGGGAACCCGCUCAGCUGUUGUGGGAACAUCUGGCUCUCUCAUAUGAUCCUUAACGCCGUGGUGGAGAUCCCUAAUUUAGACCUGGUCAAGUGUCAGUACACCAGGAGUUUUGGCUAUGAGGAAGAAGAAGUGCACGUGAGCCACAUCAGGCCGGAGGACUGCGAGAGGGAAGAUCUCAAGAAAACGAGCAUUUUGAUUUUGCUGGCCACCCUCCUGGUUUUCUCGCUGAUCGUCAUCGGAGUUGGUUUGGCUUGUUGUUAUCGGAGGCACUUAUUCAGAUGCCAUUAUAAGGCGUAGACCGAGACCCCUUUCACGAUCGCGUUUCCAUCUCUUGGACAUUGGAUAACGUGGAGCCAAAGGGGGGAUUCGAUUCCACCAGGGAGUUUUGGAAAGGCUGUGAAAGUUUGGAUGAUGGGGUUAUGACUCAUUCGCACGUCCAAAUCCUCAUUGGGGGAUGACAUUUGUGAGAAACCAUGGGGCCAAGAUACGCCUUUAUGGGUCCAGACCAGCGUUUCUCAA